AUGAACAGCGGACUUGCAAUCAGCCAUGACGAAAAACAGCAGUUUCAGCAGCAUUUCCUCAAUGCGAAUCCAGUAGAUGGCAGGCUGCCGGGAGCCGUGGCCCGUCAGAGCCUCAUGCAGUCAGGUCUGCCGACACAGCAGCUGGGGCAAAUUUGGGAGCUCGCGGACAUUGAUAAGGAUGGUGCCCUGGAUUUUGACGAGUACUGUAUUGCACUGAAGCUGGUAUUUUCAUUACUCAACAAAGUCAUUCCCAGCAUUCCCCCAUCUUUGCCGCCAACACUCAUUCCGCAGAGCAAGUACGCGUACUUUGCUGGAAGCAUGGCCAAUGCACAGCCGCAGCAGCCCCAAUGGCAGCAGCAACAAACGCAGCAGCAGCAGCAGCCGCAGUUGUUACAGCAAGAAAGUGCCAAGUUGGAGUGGUAUGUGCCAGGAGAGGACCGGGCUCGGUACCAGGGAUUGUUCGCACAGCACUCGCGGGGCUCUGCGCAAGUGCGUCUCCUGGACAUUGACGAGUUUCUCAACUCCCUCGGCACCCCGCGCUCCGGGAUCACGCAGGCCUGGAGCCUCCUGGACGUGCGCAAGUACCAGCAGCUCAACCAGGAGCAAUUCAUCUACCUUCUGCACGUACUCAACGCGCAUAUGCGCGGUGCGCCUAUCCCAGCCACGCUGCCGCCGGCCGUCAAGGACAACCUUUACAAGUCGCUUAACCUCGAUUCCUCGGGGGCUGCCGGCAGCCCGGAGCAGUCGUAUGGAUACCGGCACAACAAGUCUUCGGCGCCAGUAGCUGAUUCGCGCAAGCCAGGGCUGUAUGGCGAAAAGUCAGGGAACGUGGCCUUGGCCGACAGCUACUUGUCCAAGCUCAAGACGUCGUCGACAUUUAAGAACGAAGCCGGGUCGCGGUACGCCUCGUCGAGCAAGAAUGCUGAGGAGGAGAAGAAGCUGCGCGCGGAGCUGAAGGGGCUAGAGGAGGAGUUUGAGCGGAUUAAGACCCAGGUCGGACACGAUGAUCAGGGGUCACGCGAUGGAGACCUUAUUGAGGCCACAGUGAAGGAGCUGCAGGAGUUCAAGGAGUAUAAGCUCCAGGAGAAGCGGCGGCUCGAGACACAGUCAGUGGGGUCCAGUGGCUCCAACGAGUCACUGCAAGCGAUCAAGGAGUCGUUAUAUAGCCUUGAGGGCCAUCUGUCGUUCUUGAUGUCGGAGAAGCGCGCCAUAGACGAGUUUAUCAGCGCGGGCAAGCAGGAGCUGUUGGAGUUGCAAGUGGAGCAGAUCAAGCUCAAGUGA